AUAAAAAGCCUUGCUCCUUGCUGCUGCAUUUCAAGAACUAAACCACACUGUGACCAAAUGACAUCUUCAUUAUUUUCCAUUCUUCCUUCCACCGUAUUAUUUUUCUCUUUUGCUAUUAUCUUCUCUGCACCUUAUGGAGCUGAAGCACGGUUGAAGCCCAAAAUACCCAUCUCUUCUCUCAUCACAAAAACUCUUUUUGACUCAUUUUUCCUACACAAAGAAGACACUGCAUGCCCUGCUAAAGACUUCUACAGCUACGACUCCUUCAUUCUUGCAUCAAAAUCCUUCCCUGCAUUUGGUACCACUGGUUGUUUAGCCACGCGCAAGCGUGAGAUUGCUGCGUUUCUCGCUCAGAUUUCCCAUGAAACCACCGGUGGGUGGGCCACUGCACCCGAUGGCCCAUUUACUUGGGGCUUGUGCUUCAAGGAAGAAAUUAGUCCUCAGAGUAACUACUGUGAUUCCACUAACACUCAAUGGCCAUGCUUCCCUGCCAAAAGUUACAAGGGAAGAGGACCGAUUCAACUUUCUUGGAACUACAACUAUGGACCAGCAGGGAAGGCGUUGGGAUUUGAUGGGUUGAGGAAUCCGGAGAUUGUGGCGAACAAU